GAGAGUUUCUUACUCCACGUUUCCUUUCAUUUUUCUGCCCUUUUUUAGCAAGGAGCCGCGCCCUUAAUAGCGUCCCAACUACGUGUCCGUCCUCAACAUACCAAUUACAUUUUGUCUCCUCCAAGCUGCUUCUCUCUCUCUCUCUCUCUCUCUCUCUCUCUCUGUGUCCGUGACCAUUGGAUUCGGAGAUUUGUCCAUUCGACGACCACGUACGUAUAAACCAAGCCUGUCUAUUCCCCUUUCGCUUUCUCAUCGAUUCUCUUCAAGGGGAUCGAUCAAUUUCCUCUUCAAAGUGGAAAACACAAAAAAAAUCUUGUUUCUAGGGUUUGGAGAUUUUUGUAGAUGGAAAAGGAUAAGUUCCUGAACCAUGGUGGCAGUGCAUUGCCUCCAUCGGGCCGGCAUCAUUCGGUCUUUUCGCCUUCUGGGAAUAGUUCCUUGCCUCCACUAGGAUCUGGGGGAAAUUCAGAACAGGGUUAUUUUGGUCAUCAUGGGAUGCCUUCUGAUUCUGCCCGUUUUAGCCAUGAUAUCAGCCGAAUGCCUGAUAACCCAUCCAAGAGGAAUUUGGGACACCGCCGUGCCCAUUCAGAGAUUCUUACUCUUCCUGAUGACAUCAGCUUUGAUAGUGAUCUUGGUGUUGUGGGAGGCAUAGAUGGACCUUCAUUAUCGGAUGAGACUGAAGAAGAUUUGCUUUCUAUGUACCUUGAUAUGGAUAAAUUCAAUUCUUCCUCUGCAACAUCUGGCUUCCAAGUGGGUGAGUCAUCUUUUGCUGCAGCGUCAGGAUCUGCGCCAACUCCUGUAGUUGAGAAUCUGGGUCCCGGCUCUAGUGAGAGGUCCAGAAUUAGGCAUCAGCACAGCCAGUCAUUGGAUGGAUCGACGACUAUAAAGCCGGAGAUGCUAAUGUCGGGUUCAGAAGAGAACAUGGGAUCUGAUUCAAAGAAAGCCGUGUCUGCUUCUAAGCUUGCUGAGCUUGCUCUGGUUGAUCCAAAGCGUGCCAAGAGAAUUUGGGCGAAUCGGCAGUCAGCUGCUAGGUCAAAGGAAAGGAAGAUGAGGUACAUAUCUGAGCUUGAAAGGAAAGUUCAAACGCUCCAAACUGAAGCAACCUCGUUGUCUGCUCAAUUGACCUUGUUACAGAGAGAUACAACUGGUCUGAAUGCGGAAAACAAUGAACUGAAACUGCGUUUGCAAACAAUGGAGCAACAGGUUCACUUGCAAGAUGCCUUGAAUGAAGCACUGAAAGAGGAGAUUCAGCAUUUGAAAGUACUGACUGGCCAAGGUAUUCCGAAUGGUGGACCAAUGAUGAACUUCCCUCCGUCUUUCGGAGGCAACCAGCAAUUUUAUCCCAGCAAUCAGGCUAUGCAUACACUCAUGGCUGCACAGCAGUUUCAGCAGCUCCAAAUUCACCCCCAGAAGCAGCAGCAGCCGCACCACCACCACCAAUUCCAGCAGCAGCAGCAACUCCACCAAUUUCAGCAGCAGCAACUCAUGCACCAGGAGCAGCACCAGCAGCAGGAACAAUACCUACGACAAACUGGGGAACCACAAAGGCGAGUUUCGGUGCCUUUUACAGGCAAGAAAGAUAAUGCUUCAGAUAUCAACAAUUCUGUACCAAAGGAUUGAUCGCAGAGUAGAAAUGGGCAAAUCCGUCUGUCGUGAAGGUUGAGUCAUCCCAAUUCCUUGGUUUCGGUUAUGUUGCCAAAUAUAUCCGCAGUUCUCUGUUGAUUAGAUGCGUCCAUGUAACUAUUUUGUAGGCUGUCGUUAAUUGGACUUCUAUCAAGAUUGAGCAGGCUUAUUUUGGACUGUAGUUAGAAGUCCAAUGGUGGAGGUGAUUUUAUUCAUAUGUUUUAGUUAUCUUA